AUGUUUGUGCCUCACGAAUUGAUUAUCCAAAUCUUACUGAGAUUGCCGGUAAAGUCUCUUAUACGUUUCAAGUCUGUUUGUAAGUUGUGGUUUUCUCUUAUUUCUCAUGAUCCUCACUUCGCUAAUUCACAUUUUCAACUUAACUCUGCAACACACACUCGUAGAAUUCUAUUAGUAUCUUUUUCAACUCAUGAAUCUCUAUCCAUAGAUUUUGAAGCAUCGCUUGACGAUGACAAUGCUUCUUUUUUAAGUAACUACCUUUGGAAUCCAUCCACUGGACUUCAUAAACAAAUACCUUUAUCUCCUUUUGGUUCCAAUUUGGAUGCUGAAUAUUUCUAUGGUUUUGGGUACGACGAUUCAACCGAUGAUUAUUUGGUUGUUUCAAUGUCUCGCAUUGGUUCAGGAGAUCCUCCAUUACGCUUGGAGUACUUCUCAUUGAAAUCUAAUACAUGGAAACAAGUUGAGGGUCCUUACUUCCCUUAUGGAUUCCAGGAGAAUGAGCCCAAAGGUGGAUUUCUCUAUAAGGGAGCUAUUCAUUGGGUGGCUUAUCGUUAUGAUAUACGAAGUUAUGUUAUUCUUGCAUUUGAUUUAAUGGAAAGGAAACUUUCGUAUAUGCCUUUGUAUUGUUAUGGUAGUCCUUCCGAUAGUGGUUUUUGGAUAAAUGGAGAAUUUCUCAGUGUAUAUACUUGGAAUUAUGGUAAUGAUACACUUGAAAUAUGGGCGAUGAAAGAAUACAAAGUGAACUCCUCUUGGACUAUGACUCUUGUUCUUCCUAUUGAUCUCUUUUUUCCAUUGUGUUGUACUAAAAGUGAUGAUAUUAUUGGGAAAGACGGUGAAGAUGGACUGGUGAAGUGCGAUAAAAGUGGACAGCGUCUGGAGCAACAUUCUUAUCCUAAUUACUAUCUUAGAUGCAAUUUGACUAUGUAUAUAGAUUCUCUGCUUUCACUCCCUGGUGGUGAUGGUGACAACCAGCAAGCUUAG